UCGUCCGAUUAGUAUUGAUCGACACCUUGACCAGCGAACACGUUGAAUGGUGUGCAAUCAUGAUACUAAAGAAGGUGGCUCCUGAGCUACGUCUCGCAGCCACAAUAUCGGGGUGUAUCACAAUAAUAGCAUCAGUAGUGAAUAUAGUAUUAGCCGUCAUAGCAAUAAUAUUUCGAUUCACAUGCAGUACAGGCGCUCCCUCCUCGACGUCAGGAGCCAAAGUAUUUAUGACAACGUUGUACAGAGUAUACAUACAAGAUGAUUCCUGUACGAAUUCGUUGUCCGUAGAAGACAUUACAAGUUCACAAACAGUGUUCAUAUUGACAUGCAUAACAUUGGCAUUCGCAGUGGUCAACUUUUUUUUGGCGUCAUCUCUGAUUGCUUUUGUUAUCAAUCCAGAAAAUACUUCUUGUCUAACUGUGACCGCAUAUUUGUAUGUUGGAGUAUCUUUUUCGGUUUUGAUUAUCGAUCUUACAUUGGCCACACACUUUGGGUUAGAUAUGACGACACUGGCUAAUAGACUUAGUAACGCCUCUGCUGGAAUUGAAGAGAGGUAUAUGACGGAUAUAUUACGCUUAGGGGCUUUAGUUCUCAUGUCUAUAACGCUCAAAGGAUAUAUAUAUCAUGUAGUAAACACUGUUUUAUUGGUAUAUAUUAUGAUAUAUGUAAUAGAGCACCAAAAAUCCGAUGAAAGAAAUGAGCACAACAUUCACAAACUGGGAGUUCUGAAUGCGUUUGAUUUUCCAAGACCACGCAUAGACUCUUGGCGAACGCGAUCAGACAAUUUUGCUGGUGAUACUAGAGGACAACAGCAAUGGAACCGCAGUUACCAGGAAGAUGAACCGCGAGGCCGAGACCGUGAAACUGCUUUAGCGGAUAUGUCAAAACCCUUUGAACGUUCAGAAUCAUGGCUUCGCACCCAGCCCAACACGUCAAACAUGAACAACCGUCCGUUCUCGUACUUAGAGGAACCGAAACGUUCACCGAAGCCACAAGCGGAGCCUAAUUGGCACAGGGAUUGGCCGUCGUCACCGCCAGUACCAAUCCCAGAUUACACACCACCAGCACGACGCCUAAAAUCCGCCCUGAAACAGGGCUAUCCUUAGGCCUAUGUUUUACAUCAAGCACUACUACGAUUACUAGCACCGCCGUAGUUCUGAGUUUCGAAAGUUUGGUGUUAUGUUUACGUUUAAUAAUAAUAAUAAUUUAGUUAUGGAAAGAAUAUGGUACAAAAUGUUAAGGUGGUACAAUCGUAAAACGUUCGCAUA